AUGUAUCAUGUCACAGUAGGAGAUUGGCUGAAAUACUUGAUUCGGCGAGCCCCGUGUGUGCUUGCUGGAGGGGACGAACCCUUGCAAGUUCAGCUGGAAUCGUUCUGGCAUGCUUACAGGUGGGCUCACCCGACUCAUGCAGUUUUUGAUCGUCCGGAGAGAUUGAAGCAAACACUCCCGAUCGUCUUGUUUGGAGACGAAGGCAAAGGACCAAAACGAGGGAAUUACAUGCUGUAUACCUUUGAAACACCGAUUGGCCUCGACAGCAUGGAAAAAUUCACGUGCAGCUGUCAUAGCGAUCUACGAGAAUUUCCGCAAGAGUAUAUUCCGGCUUGUUAUGGAGAGCCUCAUCCUGCUUCAGAUCCUGCUCUUCGUGCAACAGCAAAGGCCACGCACAACUACAAAGGACAUGUCUACUUAAAGAGACACCUUCUGUUUGGAAUCUUGGAUGUUGUGUACAAACAGGAUGCUGCUGUCCUUGAUUACAUGCUGGGGCUUCUUGCAAAGGAGCUGGUGCAGUUGUUUGAAAACGGGCUGGAGGUGUCUGCAGAACGCUGGUACGUGGCUUGCCUUGGUCACAAGGGUGAUUUGAAGCACAUGGCUGAAAAAUCAGCCCAUCUGGUCCGCAGCUAUGCCCACAUGGGGCCGGUGAAUUCCAUUAUGAUGUGCUCAGUGUGUGAAGCUGGAGCACCUGGGAUUCCUUGGGACAGGAUAGAGUUGGACCCCAUAUGGUCUUCCUCCUUGUAUGCCAGCAGGCCAUGGGCCAACGAUCCUCCGCUUCUUCCUGUUCCUUUUGACGACACACGACCGGAAAUGUUCUACCGGUUUGACCUCUUCCAUUUGAUAAAGGUUGGGGUCGGUAGGGACCUUGCUGGGGGACUUGUCCUCCUGGCAAAGUGGGGCUUCUGGGAUGGCGAUGGAGACACUCGCAAUCUUCCAGAUAGGUUGGACAGGGCCCACAUGGCCUUCAAGAUGUGGGCAUCUGCUAAUGGCAGGUCUCCUGCUUUACGAUACUUCCGGAUGGGUUUGUUUUCUAUGAAAAAAAUGACAGAUCAUCCCUGGUCGAACACGAAGGGGAGCGAUACUAUGCUCCUCCUGGAGUUUGUACAAUGGACAUGCGACCUUCAUUUGAACAGCCCCACCCCACAGUCGAGCCCGCACGAGGAUCUGCUGCGAUUGUACAGCCAGACCAUUGGCCAUACUUUCAAGAUCUUUGACAUUUGCAACCACCACCCCUUGUGGCUGACCCGGUCGUGUGCUCAGAACCUUUUUGCAAACAUGAUGUGCAUGUUAUCCGGUUAUGUGGCACUGGCAAAGAUGACUUGGGACAUGGACGAGAUGUUUUUUAGUAUUAAGCCAAAACUGCACGCAACACACCAUCUUGCCUACGAGCUGCAGCAACUGCUUUGGACAGCGGCACCUCUGAUUCCAAAUCCUUUGGCCUAUGCCUGCGAGGGUAACGAAAGUCAUGUUGGUCACAUUUGCGAUCUGGCACAAGUUGUGGAUACACGGCUUAUCGACAAGCGAGUUGUGGAAAGACAUUUCUGCAAGGUUGCUGCUGUGCUCAGACGACAUGUGGAAUCACGACUUGCCGUUAGCAAAAGAAUUUCGUUCCAGGCUCGUUCAGAACUCCUGCCUUAA